CCCACACGUCGUCGUACUGCACGCCGCCGCGCCGGCUAUAUAGGCAGCCGCGGCGGCACACUCCGACGGACGCACACGCGCGCUCUCCCGCGGCGACAGAGCAGCACGACGCGCGAGGCCGCCACCGCCAUGGACAUGGGCGGAGGGCACGACAUGGGCGGCAUGAUGGCCCCGCCGCCGUCCCCGCCGGGCGGCGGCGGCAUGGGGAUGCGGUACACCCACAUGACCUUCUUCUGGGGCAAGAACUCGGAGAUCCUCUUCACGGGGUGGCCCGGCGCCGACGGCGGCAUGUACGCGCUGGCGCUCGUGGCCGUCUUCGUGCUCGCGUUCGUCCUCGAGUUCCUGGGCUCCCGCAGGCUGGACGCGCUCCUCCGCCCGCGCGCGGCGCGCGCGGCGGUGCACGCGCUGCGCGUGGGCGCGGCGUACCUGCUCAUGCUCGCGAUCAUGUCGUUCAACGGCGGCGUGCUCCUCGUCGCCGUCGCGGGGCACGCGGCGGGGUUCCUGGCGUUCAAGGCCGGCCUGUUCGGCGACGGGCCGGCGCAGGUGGAGGACGGGCGCGGCAAGGAGGAGCUCGAGCCGGCGGCGUGCUGACGACAGGCGGCGUGCUGCGACGAUGGCGUUUGCUUGUCUGGCGUUGUUUGUGAGUAAUUGAGAACCGAACCGAAAGUACCGAAACCGAAAUAUUCGGUUCCUUAUUCAGUACCUAGUUCUGGGGAACCGAAUUUAUCGAGGUAUAUUCGGUUCUGUAUCUCGGUAAAUCGAAGUACCGAACUAGUACCGAAUUACGCAAGUAGCAGCUCAUGUUACGUAUUUGUUAUGUAUUUAUGGACAACUUUGUUACAUAUUUACAGUAAUCUACUCAUGUAGUAUUGUGACCUUUUAUAUGUAUGAUUUUUAUACUAUUAUUCUCUAUGGAAUCA